AUGGAGCAUCUUUCAAAAAAUUGUAGUACAAUUUUGUCAGUCUUUUUUGUGCUCACAACUCUGUUUGGCCUAACUUUUUCGGCACCAGAUUUCACACAGUUUUUCUGUUCAAAUAACAUAGGCAAUUACACAAAGAACAGCAAAUACCAGGCCAAUUUGAACACCCUUCUUUCAUCCCUUUCUACUAAUGUCAGUCCCGAUGGAUUCUACAAUUCCUCGGUCGGCGAAGAUCCUGACAGAACAUAUGCACUUGUGCUCUGCAGAGGAGAUGCUAGUUUCCAAGAUUGUGAAACCUGUGUUAAUGAUUCUGCUAAUAUGAUCCUACAAUUGUGUCCCAAUCAAAAGGAGGCAAUUGGAUGGUAUACUAUUUGCAUGAUAAGGUACUCAAACAAGAACUUUUUUGGUAACAUGAGUACUAGACCGAAUUUCAAUCUUCAGAGCUCAGUGGUUCCUCCAAACCUGAGUAUAUUCAAUCAGGACCUGAGUAAUUUGACAAACAGCCUUAGAGAUCAAACGGUUGGAGGUUUUUCACUCAAGUUUGCUGCAGGGACAAGAAAGAGUGAUAGCAAUAUCACCAUCUAUGCAUUGAUGCAAUGCACACCUGACAUAGAUGGUGGAGAUUGCAAUCUUUGCCUUGGAUGGGCUUUACAGGUUCUGUCACAAUGCUGUUAUGGUACAGAGGGGGCCAGGGUCGUUGGGCCAAGCUGUAGUUUUUGGUAUGAGGUAUUCCCCUUCUACAAUGAACGGGUGAUUCUUUCAAGGCCACCGCCACCGCCAUCAUUGCCGCCCUCCCUAGUACCACCUCCACCCAAACCAGCCACAAAAGGAAAGCAUGGCAACAGCACAACCCUUAUUAUCAUUGGUGUUGUAGGUGGAAUAGCUCUGGGACUACUCAGUUUUUGCAUUUUCUCCUUCAGAAGAAAAUGGCGAAGCAGAAGGAAAGGAGAGAAAUUUCAGGGUUUGGAAGAAGGUGACGGGGUAAAAGCAAUGCAGUAUGAUUUUGGCGUAAUUAGUGCAGCAACAAAUAACUUUUCAAGUACUAACUUGCUGGGGAAAGGAGGAUUUGGUGCUGUUUACAAGGGUACUCUCUCAGAUGGAAAGGAGAUUGCUGUAAAAAGGCUGUCCAAGGGAUCAGGACAAGGUGACCAAGAAUUCAGGAAUGAGGUCUUGUUAGUGGCAAAGCUCCAACACAAAAGUUUAGUUAGAUUGUUGGGUUUCAGCCUGAAAUAUGAAGAAAGACUGCUGGUCUAUGAAUUCAUGUCAAAUGGGAGCCUUGACAAAUUCCUCUUUGAUUCAGCAAAGAGGUCAUUGUUGGAUUGGGAUCAACGCUACAAAAUCAUAGAGAGUGUUGCAAAGGGACUUCUUUAUCUCCAUGAAGAUUCACGACUAAAGAUUAUUCAUCGUGACCUAAAAGCCAGUAAUAUUCUCUUGGAUGAAGACAUGAAUGCCAAAAUUUCAGAUUUUGGUAUGGCCAAGUUGUUCCAGCUCCAUGAGAGUGUAGCCGAAACCAAUAGAGUUGUGGGGACCUAUGGGUAUAUGGCACCGGAGUAUGCACUGCAAGGCAUAUGUUCAGACAAGGCAGAUGUCUUCAGCCAUGGAGUGCUGGUUUUGGAAAUCAUAAGUGGUCAAAAGAACCGUUAUGUCCAACAAGGCCAGAAUGUGGAGGACCUUCUCAGCAUUGUUUGGAAAAACUGGAUUAAAGGAACAGCUUCAAAUAUAAUAGAUUCAACUCUCAAGGCUGGCUCAGCUCCGAUAGAAGCUAUAGUGAGGUGCAUACACAUUGGCUUGUUGUGUGUUCAAGAUGGUGUAGCUAGUAGACCAACCAUGGCUUCAGUUGUAUUCAUGCUCCAUAGCUUAUCUCCUAGUCUGCCAAUGCCUUCUGAGCCUGCAUAUUUUUCACGUAGCACCAGCAUUGCUUCAAACAAUCAGCCUCAGCAGGCUCUUGAAGAUUCGAAAGCAAAAAGAUCAGGUCAAAUUCAACCUGCAGGAGGAGCUGCUACUAACUAUUCCUUAAAUGAAGCAUCAAUAAGUGAGUUUGAUCCUCGAGGAUGGUUUCUUUCAGUCUUUUACAUGCUUACAAACCUUGUUUUCCUAUCUGUUUCACAACCAAGCUUCACAGAUUUCUUCUGUUCAAAAGGAGUAGGCAACUACACGCAGAACAGCACAUACCAGGCUAAUCUCAACUCUCUUCUUUCCUCCCUUUCAUACAACAUCAACCCGUAUGGAUUCUACAAUUCCUCUUUUGGCCAAGGUCUCGAUACAGUUAAUGCAAUCGUGCUAUGUAGAGGCGAUGUUGAUCAGGAAACUUGUCGUGUUUGUGUACAAAACUCUGCUGGAAAGCUCACACAGGUCUGUCCUAAUCAAAAGGAGGCAGUUGGUUGGUAUGAUCAAUGCAUGUUAAGAUAUUCGAAUAAGUCGAUUUUCGGAGUUAUGUCUAAUCUUCCACCUUUCACUCUUCAGAACCCAUUGAAUUCUACAAAUCCCAUUCUGUUUAGUCAGGAGGUUAGCAAUUUAGCAACUAGCUUAGAAAACAGAAUCUUUUCAGGGAAUCCAGACCGGAAAUUUGCUGUAGGGAAAAGCAAUAACAGCAAUGUUGAGACCAUAUAUGCUUUGAUGCAGUGCACACCUGAUAUAGAUCCAGGAACUUGUAAUUUUUGCCUUAGGUUGACUUCAAAUGUGAUGUCUCAGUGCUGUUCUUGGAGUCAAGGGGCAAGAGUUGUUGGACCAAGUUGUAGUUUUUGGUAUGAGUUGAUCCCCUUUUAUAAUGAGAGUGCCAUUCCAUCACCACCAGGUCCACCGCCAUCCCCACAAGGAAACAAAGGUAACAAGACAUGGAUUGUCAUCGUUUGUGUCAUCGUUGCAGUGGUACUUGUAAUACUUAGUGUUUGCAUUUUCAUCUUCACAAGAAAAUGGCAGAAGAGGAAGAAAGCAGCAAAGCUUGAAGAAUUGGAAGAAAUUGAUGGGGCAGAAACAGUACAGUACGACUUUAGCACAAUUAGAGCAGCAACAAAUAAUUUUUCUGCUAAUGAUUUGCUGGGAAAAGGAGGAUUUGGUGCUGUUUACAAGGGAACUCUUUCGGAUGGACAAAUGAUAGCUGCAAAAAGAUUGUCUAAGGAGUCAGGACAAGGUGAACAAGAAUUUAGGAAUGAAGUCUUGCUGGUGGCAAAGCUCCAACACAAAAGUCUGGUUAGAUUGUUGGGUUUUUGUCUGGAAAAAACAGAAAGACUGUUGAUUUAUGAAUUCCUGUCAAAUGGGAGCCUUGAUAAACUACUUUUUGAUCCUCUGAAGAGCUCAGAACUGGACUGGGAUCGGCGCUACAGAAUCGUAGAGAGUGUUGCAAAGGGACUUCUUUAUCUGCAUGAAGAUUCUCGAUUGAAGAUUAUUCAUCGUGAUCUGAAGGCUAGUAAUAUUCUCUUAGAUGAAGAUAUGAAUGCUAAAAUCUCAGAUUUUGGCAUGGCCAGGUUGUUCCAUGCAGACGAGAGUGUAGCCAACACCAAUAGAAUUGCAGGGACCUAUGGAUACAUGGCACCAGAGUAUGCAUUGCAUGGACUAUUUUCAAUCAAAUCUGAUGUCUUCAGCUAUGGGGUGUUAGUUCUCGAAAUAAUAAGUGGGCUGAAGAACUCCUAUUUCCGGGAUGGCCAAACUGUGGAGGACCUUCUAAGUUUUGCUUGGAAAAACUGGCUUGGAGGAACAGCCUUGAAGAUAAUUGAUCCCGCUAUCACGGCUAGUUCGGGUUCAAUACAGAACAUAAUCAGAUGCAUCCACAUCGGGUUGUUAUGCGUUCAAGAUGAUAUAACUAAGAGACCAACUAGUGCUUCAGUUGUUCUCAUGCUCCAGAGCUUUUCCGUCAGUCUUCCAAAGCCUUCUGAGCCUGCUUUUUUUGCACACAGUCGCAGCAUUGGUUCAGACAAGUCUGAUACACCAUUGUUAUCUGAAGAUUCUAAAACUAUAAGUACUGCAAGUCCAUCACAACCUGCUGUUGCCAGUCAGUCUGUCAAUGAGGCAUCAAUCAGUGAUUUAGACCCUCGAUGA